CCUCCCAUCUAAAUGCAUAUCCAGAGCUUGAACAACUCCACGUGGUGGCAAGUUCUACAUUCUCAUCAUUCUCUCUGUCCCUCCCCGGGGGUGUCUUUUCAAAGUACCGGAUUUGGAUUCUGUUUGGGAGCUGUUGCGAAUGGAAUGUGAAACAAUGUGGCUGGUUUGAAAAGAAAUGCAUGUAUCGGACGGACGAGGUGCAGAACACCCUGGACAGACGCAAGUGAAGUUGCCUGGACUUCCCUGCAGCUUACUUCCUACUACUGUAAAACAGACCUCUGACGAUUUGGAAACGGAUAUGGGUGUCGAGUGAUUCUUUGAUCAUUUGAUUUCUCCUUUCAGAAUAAUUUUCCAGUCGGUGUGGCACAAAAAGAAAUUGGAAAUACAGAUGUGGAAGUAAUUCUCUCCCAAUAUUGAAAUGGACCGGAAUCUUGAUCCUAAAGAGAAGCCUGAAGGCACUCAAGAUCCCAUGUAAAUAAAGCGAGGAAUCAAUUUCUUGAGUUCAACAAAGCCUCUGCUCAUCAAACCUGAACGGAUUGAUGUGAUAUGUAUCUGAAGAAUUACAGACAGUGCCCGUACCCAGCGGCGCUAUCAUCUCAUAGCCAAGAGAUGGAGUUAGUCUAUAGAAGGUGUCUCCAAAGUGAUCGUGAAGGGCACGGUGAAACUGGACACGGCGAAAGUCUCCCUCUGGUUCCCGACCAGAGACCAAAGGAAAAGCAAACUCCUCAUUGCAAAGGCGGCAGUGAUGAGAAUGGCAAGGAACGCAGCCGUGACAUUGCUGAAAAGAUUGUCCGAUCAGCAAUGGCCAGCAACCAACUGGAACGGAAAAAUAAUUGUUCUGCUCAUGAUCCCGUAAAGGCUGCAAAAGGGAAAGUUCACCAACGGGAGAACAGAGACCACCCGAUUCAUGAAAGGAAAAAGCUCUGUCCACCUGAGAAAACCAUCAAAUGUUUAUGCGAUUCUUCACACAAGAACCAAGAGAGUGUCCCAGUGAAACCUCUGUCAUCCCAGAACACCGAGCAAGAUGCAGUGCCAAGAGAUUCUUCAACGCUGCCAAGCUCAUCAGUUACAAAAAAGGAGGAAAAGUCAGAAAUCCACCUGAAAAAGAUUUUCACACAGAAUGUGGAAAAAAAUGUUCCGGGAACUAGUUCCACUGCCCAAAUUCCUGUCCGAAUUACUCCACGGAUUGAUGGAGUUGGUCGAACUUCAGGAAGCUUUCUUGCACCGAGACACAAUCCUUUGAAGAACCCAGCUGUCACGAAGAGUAAAACAAUUGAGUCAAGGUCACCCGAGCUCCCUGCAAAAAGGAAGAAAACUAAGCAGAAAUCGACCUGCACAAUUCCGAGGAAAGUGAUCCACGGGAACACAGGAGCAGACGAACAAAACCAGGAUAAUCGGGGCACAAAGACAGUGCGCGAAGCUGCCUUUUCAGAUGAUGAGCUCAGUGAUGAUGAUAUAUUUCGAGAAUUACCGGAUCGGCACACAGAGAAAGCAAAAACAACGAGAGAGAAGACAAACAACAAGUUUAAAGGAGAACAGCUGUCACUAAAUGCUGCUACUUCUAGAGACGUUUUUCACUUCCAUCCUGCACUCUAUGCCCGUGUCAGCAUUCCCAGCGUUUACGAAAUCUGCCACGUGGAAUUGCAAAUGCAGCACCAUUGCCAGAAAAAACAUUCUUGUAAGAAUGGAGGACAGAACAAGGAAGGCAGUCGGCAUCCUAGUAGAGAUCUUAAAUCUCACAGUGCCUCAGCAACUGGCUGCAAAGUUAGUAAGGCUAGUAAGGACGUCUCCAAAUCAGAUGCCACAACAGAAAAAGACCGACCCAAGAACGAGACCCAUAAAGACCCUCGGUCUGCUUUAAUUUUGGCAAAAAGAGACAAAUUGAUGAAGACAUACAGAUUGGACUGUGAGGCCUUUGCCAUUGUGGCAAAACAACUGGUCAACCAAGAUCCUACGAUCGAGAAGCAGGUCCAGUUAGCACUCAGGAAGAGUCUGCGGCUGAUCGGUGAACGCUGCCUGGGAGAACUGAAGAAAAGUAUUGCAAAGUACGAUGCUGCAAAUGCAGCGAAGAAUUCAAGCUGAGUUUGUUCCUUUAAAGCCACAAUUUGACAUGGGCACCUUGUACCUUUCGCUGGAUUUCUCCGUGCACUUUCCGCUGCCAAAAUUUAUUUUUCUUCCUUUUCAUCCUGAAAUUCUGGGUGAGGGAGGGAAGAGAGAUUUGGUCAUAUAACACCUCCAGUGGCAUGUGGCUAUCUCUCAGAAGGGCAGGGGUCACUGACUGCAGGCAGUCUGAGCCACAGGGGAAGAUACGUGCAAUUGACAGGUUAAUGUAAGUCUGUAUUACAUCAUUGAAUUUCUGCUCCCGUUGGAUCUACAGUUUGACAAUUUCGUUGCCCUCUAGUAUUCUAUACCCCAUCCCCCUCCUCCUGAAGGCUGUGUGGCUGUUCCUCGGAAGUCAUCAUGACAGAGCCUGAUUCUGCCCUUGCCCAACAUCGCCACAAAUUCCCAACAAGUAAAUGCUGCAGACGGUUUUCUCUUGCUAAUUUCUUUUUGCUGUCAUGUGUGGCCAGUUAAUUUCAACACGCGCUCAUUUUGAAUGUUUUUGCGGUGGGCGGGUCACGCAUGACCCUCCUCGUGUACGGGACAAUUUGUGAAUGACUAUGUGGGGGAAACCUGUGCCCACGCUUGCCCUGGAAGGACUGUUGUCCACAAACCUUUCUUUUGCUCAUCCUAGCGCCAGGACACGACCGUCAUUUUGCAGCGCGUCCGUUCCCGUCCCGCCUACAAAGCGACUUCACAGCCACCAGGGCUCAAAGCUGCGAGCAUCUUGUUCCAUAUGACUGUGGAAUUCAUUAUAUUCAUAAUUUAAUUACGCUGGUGAGGCAUUUUGUACGUUUUAAAUGCAACCAUUUAACUAGGCUGUUGGGCACCUGUAAAUGGCAAAUCAUAGCAGAGGCAGGAGGUAGAUCUCCUUGGCUGUCAAUUUGAUUGCAUUGUGAUGAAAAGAAAUAGAUAUUGUGAUGAUCGAUGCCUCAGUUGUCUUUCUUUUAUAAAAGGCAACACUUCUGUUGUUCAGUUUGUACAUUUAAAAAAAAAUUGCCAAGACAACUGGCACAUAGUUAGGAUCCAAAUGACAGGACAGAUUGCCUGUGAUCCAUGGACAAGUGUAGACCAAAGAUCAAAAAAUGAUUCCUGCCCAUGUUUACUUUGAAAUGUUCGCAUUUUCCAGUGAGUCAUUGGGCAGAAAGAAAGGUUUUAAACACUUUGCUGCUAUUAUUGUUGUUGCAAAAGAAUAAAGCUAUGUUUUUGAAAAA